UGAAGUUAUCGUAAUUGAUAAGCAUAGGAAAUUUUCUUUAUCUAUACUUGUUGUUUGCAUUGCUUGGCCCACGAAGAAAAACAAAAAGCAACAAAAAUUGAUUUCGUAGCUAUUGCUGACAGGCUUAGCACCCUGCUGGAGAUGGCGUUGCAAAUCGCUCACAACAACCGGGAGCCCCCGCAACCUGGAGGUCCCAUGGUCGAGGUUUACGUGCUGUUUGUCAACACCACCCAUCGGACACUCGACUUGUACUGGAUGUGUUUCCGCGACCAGGAGAACAUGUACCUAACCCUGAAACCAUUCGAGGAGGUGCGCGUGAAUACCUUCAACACGCACAGCUGGUUCUUUCGCGACUAUUACACGGGAGAGCGGAUGCAUGUGCGCUCCAGGCGCAUCUUUCACCCGGUCCGGAUUCGGGUGCCCAAGAAUCCCCAGCACCCGGACCAGCUAUGCGACGUUCGCAGUCAGGUGUUGAUACACUUUCCUAUGCGAACGUUGCGAGAAAACUGCCUCUGGUUGAUCGCCCGCUGGCUGAUAAGGACGAGCAAUGCGCCAAGGAGAAUAAUCAACGGAUACCACAUACCCACCACGCUGAAGCAACAGCUUCUUUUGCUGCUCACCACCAUAGAAUCGUAUUCCCGUGUGGCAAGCACCAGACGUCGCCGUUAAUGGAAAAGGGAUA